UUUUUUUAGGGAAUAGUAUUUGGGGCUUUUUUGUACACAGUUUUAAAAACAGUAACUCGUGUCUGUGCACUAAUCUCUCGACUUCUAAGACUGCAGUAAACUACUCCCUCUCCUGGACUCAAGAAAACGUUACUUGCGCAAGCAAAACAAGGAGCUGAACAGGCUAUUUUUCACGUGACCUGACGAAGACAAAGUUCGGGGUGAAAACGCAGCUACUGCAGCUCAGACUGGGGAACUUCUCAGUUGGAUCUUUUUUCCAACCUGAAGCUUCGCCAAACGGAGGUUUCUGAGUGACUGAGCUGGGGUUUUGAACGGUGGUCUUCUGUCAUGGAGGAAGACUCGGACACUAGAGAGAUUUUGCCUGCAGACGCGCUGAACCCGGAGCCGGAGGACUCGAUCGAAAGCUCCUCCUCCUGUAGAGCUCCGCCGUACUCGUGUCCCUUUUCGGUCACGGUGGAGCCCGUAUUGUUUCUCUCCACUUUCUCUCUGGCGCUGCAGAUGCCCCUCUACACCCAGUACCUGUGGGACCGCAUCAGCGAGGAUCUGGGCUACAACGGAACGAAAGGAGGAGGGUGCAACUCUUCCGCUGCACACGAUCAGCUGCAGAAGGAGGUCGAAGCUCUAACUGCGCACUGGAACUUGUACAUCAGUUUGGGAGGUUUUCUGGUGGGCCUCUUUGUGGUGAUCCUGCUUGGCUCAUGGAGUGAUCGAGCGGGUCGCCGCUUGGUUCUGAUCAUCCCUAGUCUGGGCCUUGCUGUCCAGGCUAGUAUCUACCUGAUUGUGAUGUACAUGAAGCUGCCUGUGGCCUGGUUCCUCUUGGGAAGGAUCUGCAGUGGCCUCUCUGGGGAUUUUAAUGCCAUCCUGGCUGGCUGUUUUGCUUAUGUGGCAGACAUCAGUGACAAGCGCUCCCGCACCUUUCGUGUGGCAAUACUGGAGGCAUGUCUGGGUCUUGCUGGAAUGUUUGCAAGCAUUAUUGGAGGAGAAUGGCGACGAGCACAAGGGUAUAUCAACCCUUUCUGGCUUGUUCUGGCCACGAACCUGGCCACAGCGCUGUACGCUUACCUCUUUGUGACUGAGUCAGUCACUCCUGAUCCUGAGGCAAGGCUGUUCUCUGCCCGGCACCACAGAGCUGUCUAUGAUCUCUAUAUGUCUGGAGGGCAGGGAGGACAGAGGGCUAGGCUGUGGCUCUACACUCUCUGCUUCUUCCUUGUGGUCGCUGUGCACUUUGGCUCUCGGGAGCUGUAUGUGCUCUAUGAGCUGAGUUCUCCUCUGUGCUGGGACUCUGAGCUGAUUGGCUAUGGUUCUGCUGCUCAGCACCUGUCAUACCUCAGCAGCCUGCUGGGCCUGAAGGCUUUCCAGUUGUGUCUGGAGGACUCCUGGGUGGCCAUCAUAGGCCUGGUCUCCAACAUGACCGGCUUGGUAGUGUUUUCUGUGGCAAACACUACAGCUCUCAUGUUCACAGGAUAUGGCCUGUCUUUAUUCCUAAUUACCUCCACUCCAGUUCUGAGAUCCAAACUGUCCAAACUGGUGGAUCCUUCAGAGCAAGGUGCUCUGUUUGCUUCCGUGGCUUGUGUUGAAGGUCUCUGCUCACUGGUGGCCAGUGGAGUCUUUAACUCUCUGUAUCCUGCCACCUUACAUGUCAUGAAGGGCUUCCCCUUCCUCUUCGGGGCCUUUGUACUCCUCAUCCCUGCUGGAAUAAUUGGGGGCUUGAGGUGCCAAGAACAAAGGAUGAUCAACAGGGAAACUGCAGUAAACUGAAAUUGGCUGUGCAAGAUCCUUGCCACUUAAUGACAGCAAAGGGACCCAGAGGCCUUACUCAGUUUGUGACCAAGGCUGUUUUUCCUGCAGAACUUAGUCUUUUUUUGGUCUGUAGGUAUUAAAUGAAUAUUGCUCCUGAAACAAUUGUAUCUGUCAGAACUGGUGAGUAAGGGAAUUCUGUAUGAACAGAUGUUGAGCAGUCAGCACUGCUAUUUCACCCUUGUUAUGAAGAAAGUAGAUCCCUGUAACUCUAAAUCAUCAGCCUUUGUUAAACAGCCUUUGCAUAAAGCAAAAAUAACUGUGAAAAUGUAUAAACUGUAAAUCUGUCAGUAGUUUACAUCAGUUGCUCAGUUGAAAAAGAGGAGUAGCACUGCAGAGCAGUGGCUAAAGCAGUCUGGAAUUGCUGAGUUACACGGUUGUCUGAGUAGAAGUCCCCUAAGUGGACUCGGAUAACAGCACAGGACACAGGUCUCCACUAAAACAUACACAGUUCAGCUCUCACUGGUGCCAUUCUAAAAAAGAACAUCCAUCUUCUCAUUGACAACACCAUUCGUGUCUACUUAUGUAGGCUUAUUUUAUUUCCUUCUAAACGCCCAGGGGGCAGAUACAAUAUGACAGCAUAACUGGGAAAUGAUACUGUAUGUAAUAUUACUGUUUAUUUUUACAGCCUUAUGACCUACGUGGAUAGGAAAUUAAAGUGUCCUGUCAGCUCUAAUAGUAUGACCACAGUGCAGAUUUCAAACAAGAAUCUCUAUUUCACACCAGCAUAUACCAAUGAAUACUACUGUACGAUUUAAUUCUGUAAAUAAAUAAAGGAAUAUUUUCAAAAACAUUUUAUUGACAGUUAUU